CGGCUCAGACCCGGUUCACCCGAAAACGAGAAUAGAAACGAAACGAACCAUCCAAAGCCAACUUGGCCCGAGGACAGAAGAGCCCCCUUCUUGUCUUACUUUCUGUAUCAGCUCGGCUCCGGGCAGCAGCAGCAGCAGCAGCAGCAGCAGAGAGAUGAAGGGGAAGUGAUUCUCAGCGACCCUUCUCUCUCUCUGUCUCUGCGUUGGUGAUGGGAGAUGGCUCCACCGUCUCUGCUCCUCCACUACUCGCAGCGCCGCCUCUCCCACUCCACCCGGGGGGGCUUCUUCUUCGUGCCCACCACCCUGGCCCUCCUCACCUCCCUCCUCAUCCUCUUCUACCUCUUCACCACCUCCAACAUCUUCUUCCUCCACUACCGCCGGCCCACCCUCACCCUCGAGAUGCCCAAGCUCCUUUCCUCCGGCGUCGCCCGCCGGUCCUCCCCGGUCUCUCCCGAUGGAGGACCCGCCGCCGGGAGCUCUCCGGGUGAGGAAUCGCCCGGAGCCGCCGGCCGCCCCGCCGUGGCCGGAGGGAGCGGCGGUCGCGGAGUCAACGCCGGUCAGCGCGGGUCGGGAGACCGAUUUGGGCCCAGCGGCGACCAUGUGAAUAACAACGACGUGUACCAUAACAGAGAUGUCUUCGAGAAAGACUAUAGAGAAAUGAAUAGGAGCUUUAAGAUAUAUGUUUAUCCUCACAGGCGGGACGAUCCCUUCGCUAAUGUUCUCCUGCCGGUGACUUUUGAGCCUGGUGGUAAUUACGCCAGUGAAAGUUACUUCAAGAAGAGCCUCAUGAAGAGCCACUUCAUCACAAAGGAUCCAACUGAGGCAGAUUUGUUCUUUAUGCCCUUCUCUAUCGCAAGGUUGCGACAUGACCCGAGAGUUGGCGUUGCGGGCAUCCAGGAUUAUGUAAGGGAUUAUGUCCUCAACAUUACUCGGAGAUAUCCUUACUGGAAUCGGACAGGCGGGGCCGAUCACUUCUAUGUCGCUUGUCACUCCAUCAGUCGGUCCGCCAUGGAUAAAGCAAGUGAGGUGAAGAUGAAUGCCAUCCAGGUUGUGUGCUCUUCAAGCUAUUUCCUGCCUGGUUAUAUAACUCACAAGGAUGCAUCUCUGCCUCAAGUUUGGCCAAGACAGGGUGAUCCUCCUAAUAUCAUAUCGUCGAAGAGGAACAAACUUGCAUUCUUUGCUGGGGGAAUAAACUCCCCUGUCCGGGAAAAGCUUGUCAAAGCAUGGAGAAAUGACUCUGAGAUCUUUGCUCACUAUGGCCGGCUCACCACGCCAUACUCUGAUGAGCUUCUCGGGAGCAAAUUUUGCCUCCAUGUCAAAGGCUUUGAAGUAAACACAGCCCGCAUUGCAGAUUCAUUGUAUUAUGGUUGUGUCCCUGUGAUAAUCGCCAAUCACUAUGAUCUCCCAUUCGCGGACAUAUUGAACUGGAAGAGCUUCUCGGUCGUGGUUGCCACUUUGGACAUUCCAUUGCUUAAGAGAAUCCUCAAGGGAGUGAGCAGCGACAAGUUCUCGAUGUUCCAAAGCAAUGUAAUGAAGGUCCGGAAACAUUUUCAGUGGCAUCCAUCCCCGGUCGAUUAUGACGCCUUUUGCAUGGUUAUGUAUGAGCUGUGGCUGCGAAGAAGUACCAUCAGAGUCCCACUAACUGCUUCCUUUGGUUCCAAUUGAUCCUUGUACAAUUUCCUGUUCCACUUAUUCAGAAACCACACUGGCGCUGCACAUUUGUAAAGUUCCACAGUCGAUAUGUUGAGGAAAUAAAAAUGGGUGUUUGAGACAAAGUGUCAGGAUAGGAAGUGCAACUGUUCUGUUACAUUUCACACAAAUGAGGAGAUAUUUCAUGUAUGGCGCAUC